AUGAAGUCGUCCUCAAUCGUCUCUCUCGUAGCCUUUGCUACCUCAGUCGUUGCCACUUGGCCCAAGGAAUACACCACAACGACAGAGGUAUACGUAACUUAUACUUCGUUGUGUCCGGUUACUCAAACGACCACUGAAACUGGCAAGGUCUACACAAAGACCUACACCACGACCUCCACAGUUGUUGAUCAUGUCCCAACCACCAUUGUCGAGACUGUGGAGCUUCCUGACAGCACGGCAUAUACUGGAGUCGGAGUGACUUCAACGAUUACAAGUCUAUGCCCGAUUACAGAAACGAAAACUAUAGCUGGAGAUGUCGUUACUGCUACAUGGACCUCGACUUCGCUCAUCUAUACCGUUUUGCCGACCAAAGUGGAUGUUUACACCACACUUGCACCCACCACCAAAUACAUCGAGACUUACGUCUACCAAACCUCGACAUCGCUUUGCCCAGUAACUGAGACCAAGACAAUCUCUGGCAAACCAGUGGAGGUCAUUUACACGUCAACCAGCUUGGUCGUUGAGAAAAUCCCCACCACGAUCUACGAGACAACCACGUUGUUGACUACCUGCUACGCCACUGAGGAUGUGUACACCACACUUUCCAAAUUCGAGACUUACUAUGUUACGGAGAGUGCUGGGUCUACGAUUUCAGUUUAUAUCACUGAGACCAACACAAUCCUCUUAACUUCUUCCUACACAAUCACCAAGACACUGGAGCCACCCACUACCAAGGCUACCAUCUACGUUCCAAUCACUCUUGGGACAUCUGUCGGCAUUACUGAAGUAGUAACCAUACCUUCAGAAGUCACGGCCACUCUCCCGGGAUCUUCGGUCUUCACCACGAUUCCCGUAGUCACGCAAAGCACUGUUACUGCUCCUCCAGUCACUGUCACCCCAGUUCCAACACCAUCUCCAACAUCCUCCGCACCUCUGGAGAUUUCCAGCAACGCGGCACCCACCAAUGGACCACUAGCUUUCGCGAUCGCUGGUGCCAUGGCAAUGAUUGCCCUAGCCUAA